GUACCGCGUGUUUUCCGUUCGAACGAAACGAUCGUGGAACUAAUAAGGAAAUUAGUGUUGAAAACAAAUAGUACCGUGCAACAGUUCGUAGGCUCAGAAACAUACAUUCCGCAAUAAAAAUAUUUCCACUACUGAAUUGUUUUUGGUUCGACUUUCACUAUCUGUGACCGUGGUUUGGCGGGGUAACCUGAAAUCGGCAAGGUAAGCGAGAGUACCACCGGUGCUCAUUCCAUCUCACAAUGUCCAGCGAUAGAAUUUAUAAUUCGCAUUAACUAUGUCAACAGUGGGUAAAAUAGUGGUGCGUGUUGUUCUUGUGAUAUGCAUUUUGUUAGUGCUCCUGACCGAUUUUUCGGGCAUCGUUUACAAAAUAAUCGGCGGCAGCAGGACCGAGGGUGCGACCAAUCUGCCGCCCAGGCCCACCAACCCCGGCUACGGGGAUCCUAAGACCGACAUCGACAUAGACGCCGACAUCGAGGAUGACUCGCUCCAACAUUUGGGAUCACCAACGACCAAAUCGCAGAUUUUGCAAACCAUCAAAAACGCUUGUUUACCGAAACUUAUUUGCGAACUGACGGCCACACCGCAAAAGGACAAACUGACUGAUUCGGAAAAGUCCCUAUUGACACUUUUAAAAGACACGUCGAUCAGCACAACGGCCGAACUGACCUCAAAAUACCACUUCGCCGCACACAUGGGACAACUGAUUGCCGGCAUCGAGGGCCACGGAUGCCACAAUUUUUAUCCCACUUGUCCCUUUCCGGGCAUACAGGUGCUGCAGAUGAUGAAGAAAGUGAGGAUGAGAUAACGAAGAUGACUGCGGGGGAGACGAACAUUAUUUUCCUUGUAACUGCGUUACAGCAGGUCCAAAAUAGUGUUGCGUACACGUCAAAAUGAUGAAUUCGUCAAAUGUUACCUUUUAUGUAUAUAAUUCUUUCCGAUGCACGGCAAACGAUUAUUGUCGGGCCAUUAUUUAUGCAAUAAUUACGACUUUUCCAUGAAAUGAUUUGAAAUGUGAUAUUAUUGAUAGGGAGACGUGUGGAAUUAUACGAAUGGAUUUGUAAAAAAAUAGUCACAAGUUUGUACGUUUGAAAUAAAGAAAAUUUUGGUUGUCUUUUAUUAUUGUUAAAAUAUAUGACUUGUUCCAAAAAUGUGUUGUUAAUACACUGU